UACCACCUGCCUUACGUACUCCUCUUCCUCAUCCUCAUCAUCGCGCCGGAACGACUGCCUGGACGCAGGCCUCCUUUUCUUGUUCCUUGAAUCUCUCCUUCUUUUGGCGUCGAGAUCACUUGGUGCGCUAUUUCUGACUGCCCAGUCGGUUGCUUCACUUGACAGCUUGCGUGCGCUCCUCCACCUUAUCGACUAUGUUGGUAUCCUUGACUGUCGGCAAGGUCGACGCCGGAGUCGCCGUACUCUUGACUCAGGACAACAGACUGAUCGAAUUCCCCUCAGUUCUCCUGCCAAACAACAUCACCUCCGGUAGCAUCGUCGACAUUACCGUCGCGCGCAAUCACGCCGCCGAAACCGCCAGCGCAACCGCCUUCCAGACCCUCCAAAAACGCAUCCUCAACACCUACGGAAUCAAGACGCCUACUCCUCCGAUCCUCCGCCUCCGCAACGCAACCCAGACCUCCCUCGUUCUCGAAUGGGAUCCCAUCGAUCUGGCCACUGCGUCCCUGAAAUCCCUCUCCCUCUACCGCAAUGGCUCCAAGGCCGGCUCCAUCCCCCGACCGCUCGAGACACGUAGCACCAAGAUCAGUGGCCUGGCCAUCCACACCGAGUAUACCUUCCACCUGGUCCUGCGCACCACCGCGGGGACCUACCAGUCCGAGAAGCUCGUCUGCCGCACGCACAAGAUGACUGAUCUGUCUGGCAUCACGGUCACAGCCGGGGUGCUGGCCCCGCAGCAGAAGGAUGCGCUCGCGGCCGCGCUCGACCGCAUCGGCGGCAAACUGAUCGAUACCGUCCGCAUCGACACCACGCAUUUCGUCUGCACGGAGGGCCGGGGCCCGCUCUGGGAGAAGGCGGUGGAGAUGAACAUCCCCGUCGUCGUGCCCGAAUGGGUCGAUGCCUGUGAGGCUGAGGGCACCAUCGUCAGCGUCCGGGGCUAUUACCUCAACGCGGACCCCAAGGCUCGCCAGCUGGGCCCCAUCCAUAGCUCGACGCAGCAUCAGCGCACAACCUCGACUGCUACCUCGAACCAAAUCCCGGACCCCGACCAAUCAUCACUGUCCCCGUCCCCGUCGAACUUGGCCCCCUCGAGCUCGCAGCAGGCAGAGCAACAGCAGCUCGAGGAACCCCCACUGACCCCCUUCCCCGGUGCCGAGAUGACAGGCCAGCCGACGGCCGAAGAGAGGGAGGUCUCGUCCGACGAGGGCCGGAUGUCCCCUCCACCCCCGGUUCCCCCCAAGGACGACGAUGACGAUGACAAAAAAGACGAGGCCCCCGUACAAGAAGAUUACGAUGCAGCGGAGGGAGCGACGCCGGAAGAGGAAGAGAGGGCCAGUGGAAGCGACCAGGAACAGGCGAGCACGGCGGAGGAGCACUCCGACCACCCCGGGGAGGAAAAAGGCAAGCCAGCAGAGGAGGAGAGUAAGGAGCGCCACUCGAAAGAGGGCGAGGGUGAUUUCAAUGAAGUUCCGCUUUAG